AUGGAGCUUACAAUGGAAAACAUUGGAAAUCUGCACGGUGUAUCUCACUCCCAUCAAACGAGCGACUUAAUGAACUCCCAACACGCGCGCCAGUCGUCGCAUCGGAACUUGGUGUCGCACGGACGGUCAGCCAUGGUGUCCAGCAUGGCCUCGAUACUGGAAGGUGCAGGGGACUACCGCACAGACCACGCUUUGUCUGGCCCCCUGCAUCCGGCAAUGACCAUGUCGUGCGACUCCGGGAUGAGCCUGAGCAGCACCUACACCACACUGACGCCGCUGCAGCAUCUGCCACCCAUAUCCACCGUCUCGGAGAAAUUUCACCAUCCACACCCACAUGCUCACCAUCAUCCGGCGCACCAGCGACUCGCAGCCGGGAACGUCAGCGGCAGCUUCACCCUGAUGAGGGACGACCGCAGCCUCGCCUCCAUGGGCAACAUCUACGGCCACUACCCCAAAGACAUGUCCGGGAUGGGGCAGUCUCUAUCCCCUCUGUCCAACGGUCUCGGCUCUUUGCACAACUCCCAGCAGACUCUCAGCGCCUACGGUCCUGGAGCUCACCUCUCCAACGACAAGAUGAUCUCCUCGGGGGGCUUCGAGUCCCACGCAGCCAUGCUGUCCCGGGGAGAGGAGCACCUGGCCCGGGGUCUCGGGGGCCAUGGGGCCGGGCUCAUGACAUCCUUGAACGGCUUACACCAUCACAGCCAUCCGCACUCUCAGGCAAACGGGUCCAUGCUGUCAGACCGGGACAGGCAGACGGUGGUGGGAGGAGGGCAGGGAGGUGGGUCAGGGCAGGUGGAGGAGAUAAACACCAAGGAGGUGGCACAGCGAAUAACAGCAGAGCUCAAGCGCUACAGCAUCCCCCAGGCCAUCUUUGCUCAGAGGAUCUUGUGCCGGUCCCAGGGAACUCUGUCUGACCUGCUGCGGAAUCCUAAACCGUGGAGUAAACUCAAGUCUGGCCGGGAGACCUUCAGGAGAAUGUGGAAGUGGCUCCAGGAGCCCGAGUUCCAGCGGAUGUCGGCGCUCAGGCUUGCAGCCUGCAAGCGCAAAGAACAGGAGCAACACAAGGACCGCAACACGGCGCCCAAGAAGCAGCGCCUCGUCUUCACUGACCUGCAGCGCCGCACACUCAUCGCCAUCUUCAAGGAGAACAAGCGUCCAUCCAAGGAAAUGCAGAUCACCAUCUCCCAGCAGCUUGGCCUGGAGCUCAGCACCGUCAGCAACUUCUUUAUGAAUGCGCGCCGCCGCUGCGUGGACCGCUGGCACGAUGACCAUGGUGCCAGCCCCGGGCAGCCGGGCACAUCCGCCACCACGUUCUCGAAGGCCUGA